ACUUGACAGCUAAUUUAAUAAACAAACGUCAUUUUAAAUCUUAAACGGUGAAAUUCUGCGCGCCAAAUUCAAAAUUUCUGUGACUUGUUCAAGUGAAAAUUGGUAAUUUCAAUGGAUGACGACAAUGAAAAGAGUUUGUGCUACAUUGAAGGAACUGUCGUUGACAAAAACGCCUCAAAAGAUAUAACCGAACUGCACGAAAAUGUCUGGUACAGAAUGAAACCCCCAAAGCAGUCUUCAGAGACCUACACUUCUUUUGUAACGGCAAGACAAAUUGACUUAAUCAGAAAUAUGCUGUUGGGUAAAACUGCCCUCAAACCGUUUGAAGUGAAGACGGAAAAAAUCAAGGAGACGCGCCCUCCACCAAGGAGGGAUCCUGAUAUUAUACCCCCUUCGAUAAAUAAAAGGAAAUCGUCGGUUAAAUUCCUCAAUAAAUCAAUUUAUGAAUAGAUGUAAUUAAAUAAAAAUCAAUAAAAAAUGGAAAAACAACACCAA